GUCGAUGCUGCCAGAACGGUAAAAACAAAGUCAGAAAAGUCACGAACGAGCGAAACGGCGCCGUGUCAUGCGUGGAGAUUAUUAGUUCUCGCUUACAAAUGGAAAGAGUCAGUGGCCUGCAACUGCAGCAGGUUUCUUCUUGCAUCUUCCGUCUUCUUCCUCUGGCUCUGUUUCCAUGAUUUGGACCGAUCCCUCAUCUCUUUAGGAAGUGAAAAAAGUCAGAGAAAGGGGCUUUUCAAUUUCUACUCCUUUUUCGGAGUUGCGAACGAACGUCACGUUUCAGAAAGGACAAUCAAUUUCCGGAUACGGAUGAUCCAAACGCCUGUUUUCGCUAACAGAGUGAUUUGAAAUAUCAAUCGGUUGGUUGAGCAUUCUUGUCAAGACGACGUGACUUUUCUUUUUUUCUUUUUCUUUUGAUUCUUUUGCAAUUUCGCGGUUAUAUUGUUUUGCUUUCGUCUUGAAGAGAGUUUGUAGUGUUUUAUCGAUUGGAAAUUUAAAAGUGAAAGUCAAAUCUUGUUUUGCUGGUGUGGAAGUUGAAUUUGACUCGUUCUGGUUGAGCUGCGAGAACGAUUCUUGGCUCGGUGGGGUUCCGUAACGGAGUUUUGUUCUUCGGAGCUAGGCAUGCGAGGAAUGAGACUAGUAUAAUCUUUGGAAAGGAAACGAAAUACGGAACGCUGUAAACGCUGUUUUUCUUGUUGUUGUUUGCAUCUGGACGCACGAAUUUGCUGGCUGUUAAUUGAUUUGAACUGUGGAGUCGAAUUCGUUAGGAAAUGCAAGAGCCGAGUAUAGAUACCGAUAAGCUAAGUUAUGAAAUCUUCUCGAUUCUUGAGAGCAAUUUUCUCUUUGGCUACGACGAUCAGAAGCUAUGGAUUCCUAAGCAGGUAUCUCCAGCUGUAGAAGGCAAGACGAUAUCCGACUCAGAAACUCAAGCGCACGCUCAACCGGAAGCAACUCGGGGCGCUUCGUCGAUAAGAAACCAGAGGGGCAAGGUCUGCAUUCUAAGCAUCGAUGGCGGCGGUAUGGGAGGGAUUCUCUCAGGUAAGGCUCUGGCUUAUCUCGAACAAGCGCUGAAGUCGAAAUCGGGAAAUCCUGACGCCAGAAUCGCCGAUUAUUUCGACGUUGCCGCCGGAGCCGGCGUGGGAGGCAUUUUCACUGCGAUGCUUUUCGCAACUAAGGACCAUAGUCGGCCGGUGUACAAGGCAGAGGAAACCUGGCGGUUCUUAGCCGAUCAAGGCAAGCGGUUGUACCGCUCAAAUUCCAGUUCCGGCGGAGGAGUGAUCGGGCGGUUUUUCAAAAUCAACCGAACCAAUUCCACCAGUUCAGCCACCGCCGUUUUAGAAAAAGCGCUGAAAGAAGCAUUCACUGACAAGGGAGGACGGAGUUUAACCCUAAAAGAUACUCUAAAACCAGUUUUGGUACCUUGCUACGACCUGUCAACUACGGCGCCAUUUUUGUUCUCUCGAGCCGACGCCCUUGAAACGGAGGGCUACAACUUCCGGCUGUGGGAGGUCUGCAGAGCAACAUCGGCGGAACCGGCCAUAUUUGAACCGGUGGCGUUGAGGUCUAUGGACAAUCAAACCCAAUGCCUUGCAAUCGACGGCGGAUUGGCGAUGAGCAACCCGACGGCGGCUGCAAUCACGCAUGUUCUGCACAACAAACAAGAGUUUCCGUUCGUGCGAGGAGUGGAGGACCUUCUGGUUCUGUCCUUAGGAACCGGCCAGCCAUUCGAGGCCCGCCGCGAUUACCGUCAGGUCAGAAGGUGGAAGGAGAAGGAGUGGGUUCGGCCCAUGACUCAAAUCUCUGGUGAGGCCUCAGCCGACAUGGUGGACCAGGCCAUCGCCAUGGCAUUCGGUCAGUCCAGGAGCUCUAAUUACGUGCGGAUUCAGGCGCUUGGAUCGAGCUUAUUAGGCCAAGCUGAUUCUAGCAACUCCAGUGGUGUCAAUGUAAAAAUGCUGGUUGAAUUGGCAGAUGAGGUUCUCAAGCAGAAGAAUGUUGAAUCUGUGCUCUUUGGAGGGAAGCGGAUUGCAGAGCAAACCAACUUCGAGAAGCUUGACUGGUUUGCUGGAGAAUUAGUGCUUGAACAUCAGAGGCGGAGUUUCAGAAUAGCUCCCACUGUGGCUUUCAAGCAAGCUACCACCCAGGACAGUGCUAAGGAGCGUUCAUAAUAAAGAAAGGAAAAGAAGAUAGUUCAUAUAAAGGAUGUUGUUUUGGAGUAGGAUGUAAGAAAGAGAACAGGAGAGGCCAGGAGGAAGGACCUGAAAGAGAAAAAAGACAAAUGUACAGUACAAAAGAUUGGUAAUCUGUGUGAGAUACUCUUUGCCCAGCAGAGGACAGACAGUCUUGUCUUCUCUACCCAGGUACAUGGACAAGAAAAACAACAAGGAAAAAAGUGCAUGAAUUUCUUUGCUUUUAAAUUGAAGAGUUCAGUGUGGUAAAAGUAAGUAAAACAACCCCAACAUAUAUUUUAUUGUUUACAAGGGUUUAUUGCAUCCUAACCUCAAGAAACUUGAGUCUAGGUGGAGGUCUGCCCCUGUGAUUUGAGUAUUGAUCUCUAUUUGUCAUUUUUUUGGUUCCCUUUCAUCAAAAACAUAUACUAUAGUGCAAAAUAUUUGAAUGUGGCCAUUUGUAAUUGUAGCUGACAAUUUAUGCAGUAGUUAAAUGUGUAAUUCAAUUGGGUUCUAGUCCCUUCUUUAGUUGGUUUUGU